AUGGCAACCUCAAAUUCCAGCAGCAUCAUGUCCUCUACAUUCUACCUGACAGGCAUCCCCGGCUAUGAGGAAUUUCACCACUGGAUUUCAAUCCCUUUCUUCCUCCUCUACACUGUUGGAAUAAUAGGCAACUGCAUGAUCCUGCACAUUGUACGCACUGAUCCCAGACUCCAUGAGCCCAUGUAUUACUUCCUGGCUAUGCUUUCACUCACUGACAUGGCCAUGUCCCUGCCCACAAUGUUUUCACUUUUUAGGGUGUUGUGGUCCAUUUCACAAGAGAUCCAGUUCAAUAUCUGUGUGGGCCAAAUGUUUCUGAUUCAUACCUUUUCCUUCACUGAAUCAUCUGUGCUCCUGGCCAUGGCUCUUGACCGGUAUGUGGCCAUCUGUCACCCCCUGAGAUAUGCUACCAUUCUCACCCCAAAACUUAUUGCCAAGAUUGGAAUUGCAGCUCUGCUUAGGAGUUCUAUUUUGAUAAUUCCACUUAUGGCCCGUCUAGCAUUCUUUCCCUUCUGCCAUUCCCAUGUUCUUUCUCAUUCCUAUUGUCUGCACCAAGACAUAAUCCGACUUGCCUGUGCUGACAUCAGAUUUAAUAUCAUAUAUGGGCUAGUCCUCAUUACUUUUCUGUGGGGCCUGGAUUCCCUGGGCAUUUUUGUAUCUUACGUUUUUAUCCUUCACUCAGUGUUAAAAAUUGCAUCCCGUGAGGGUAGAUUUAAGGCACUCAACACAUGUGCAUCCCACAUCUGUGCUGUGCUCAUUCUGUAUGUGCCCAUGAUAGGAUUAUCUAUUGUCCAUCGUUUUGCCAAACAUUCCUCUCCCCUUAUCCACAUCUUCAUGGCUCAUAUCUACUUAUUGGUUCCACCAGUGCUUAACCCCAUCAUCUAUAGUGUGAAGACCAAACAGAUCCGCCAAGGAAUCCUCCAUCUGAUUUGUUCUCCCAAAAUCAGCUCUAUCACAAUGUAG